AUGAAAGUCCAGGGCGAAAUCGCCAGUGGUGACACUUGGGGCAAAGUCUUGCUGGUCUGUGUUGAUGGUGGUGUCUACGCUCUCGAAGAGCAUCAACAACCUCUUCUUCUCAUUGCAAAAAAUGUUGACGUGAAGCAAAUCAAAGUGGCGGAGUCUUUUGGUGUCAUGAUCAUCCGGUACGACAAAGGUCGAGAAUCGCGCAUCUCCGUUCUGCAGUUAAGUGAUUUACCCCUUGCAGAGAUCAUCGACCGUGCUCUAUUAAAAAAGCACAUGUUGGACAGGUCAAAGGGUUGUCACAUAUUCUCGACAAGUACUUCAGCAACGAGGCCAUUGCGAUUAGUGUUUGCCGUUGGCAAGCGACUCGUAAUUUACCAAUGGCAAGUGGAGAUCACCGGCAGAUCGUUAUCUUCGUGGAAUCAGUUCACCUACUCUGAGCUUUCAGCGCGUUUUGUUUUUGUUCGUGAAGUUCCCACAAGCGAGGCAGUCCAGGUGCUGAGCAUUCUUGAUAGCAAUAUGGGAGGUCGUAUUUGCGCCGGUUACCGCAAUCAAUUCGACCUGCUGGAUGAACGAACCGGUGAAACGCUUCAUCUCUAUCGAACUGAAAACGCCAAAAGUCAGCCUGUUGGUGUAGUGGAGAUACGUUCCGAUGAUGAUAUAGAACUCCUCCUUUGUUUCAAUCGCAACUGUUACCUGCAGCGGAUCACGAAGAGGUCCUCGCCAUUCCACAACCAUUCAGAUAUAUUCAAUACCUACUCAUCCAUUGAAGGGAUGGAGCAUCAGUUCGUCGAGGGAUUUGGCUCUACUAGCAUGGCAAUGAAGUCUUUCAUGAAUAGUGGUCGUGGUCAAACGGCUGCCACCACUGACUACAACUUCUCAUGGAAUUUCGAACCUAAAAACAUCGUUCUUGCACCGCCAUACAUUCUGGCGUUUACAGAGAGUGCCGUCGAAUUCCGACUCCUAAUUAACGGAAGUCUUGUCCAUACAAUGACAGUUCCCAACUGCCUUCUCCUCUCAUCUAAGGCAAGUCUACCAUUUUCGCAUCAAAGCAGCAUGACAUAUAUUUUGCUUCGAGUUCGGAAGCGCUACAUCAAGGCGCUCAAUGCCAGCCAACACAUCUACUUUCCCCGCAGACAUACGAAGCUCCACCGUGGCACUCACGACAACCGCCCUCCUCCCAACUUAGCGGGGGUCAAAUUAGAAAUAGGAAAUCCAACACCACAAAGCGUUGCCCAGGAUAUCGCAUGUCUCGCAUCCUCAACCUGUCUGACCAUGGGCUCUCCAUUUACCAACUGUUCGUUGGAUAACAGUGGAAGCCAACACCAUUCCAUCCGCUACAUCUACUACAUCUCUCUACAGACGCUAACUGGCCGACACUACGACGAUAGUCCUGACAGAGGCAGCUGUGAGUCCCCCAACCCAGUUAAAGUGCUCGCGAAAAUACGUGACCUCCGUGACACACCAGAAACACUGCAAUUCUUUCCGCUUACUCCCUCUUGA